AUGGCCAUUGAUAUUUGUGCUGAUCAUCCUAGAUCUUUUUGGAAUCGGAAAAAGCAUAUUGUGACCCUUCCAUAUGAAGAUAAUUUCUCUGAGGACGAUAUUCCUACAAAAUCACGCCCUUGCCAGAUGAACGCCGAAUUGGUUGAAUUCUGCAAGAAAGAAAUUGAUAAUUUAUUACAAAAGGGUUUAAUAAAACCUUCCAAAUCACCUUGGUCUUGUACUGCUUUUUAUGCUAAUAAUGCAACAGAAAAAGAAUGCGGUGUUCCCAGGAUGUACCCUCCUUGGGUAACCAAGGGUCAAGGCAAGAAUAAUAACCCUCGUGGAUGGGGAAGAUCAUCGUCAGGAUCAUCAUAUGGAUCCUCAUCCAACUCUCCGAUUCUAUAA